AUGAUUUUAGCAGAUCAAUAUCCGGGCAUAAAUUCAAAAGAUUUUAAAAAGUUUUUAGAAAAAGAAAAUAUACCUAUAGUUUUCACUGCAGUAAAUGCACCAUUUUCAAACGGAUUAAAUGAAAGGUUAAACCAAACGUUGGUUAAUAAAAUUCGUUGCAAGAUUAAUGAAAGGAAGGGCAAAAUUGCUUGGACAACUAUUGCUCACGAAUGCACAGAAAAAUAUAACGAAACUGAACAUGGUGUAACAAGGUUCUCUCCAAAAUAUUUAUUGGAGGGAAAAAAAUUUGACGUUUUACCAGAUGAACUGAAGAAAAAAACAACACAUAAUUGUCUUUUGCAAGACCGAAAAAUUGCCUUAGAAAAUAGUAUAAAAUCACACAAUUAUAAUAAAAAAAGAUUUGAUAAAAACAGAAAACAUCAUGAACUAAAAGUAGGAGAUUAUGUAUACGUUGAAAACGGAAACCAAUUAAACCGAAAAAAACUUGAUGAAUUGAGAAUAGGACCUUAUGAAAUUGUAGACAAAAUAUCCAAUUCAAUUUAUAAAGUAGACACGGGUCACAAAAAGGCAGAAUCAAACCUCUUCCAUAUUACAAAACUUAUUCCAGUAGUAAAGUAUGACACUAAAACUUUGUAA